UAACUCCAAUUUCCAUUGCUCUCCAGCUCCAACUUUCUGUCACACUCCAGUCCUUCAGAGAGUGUCAUUGAAGAAUGGGGGGCAAUGAGUCAUGGGGCACAGAGUUCAUCCUGGUGGGAUUCCAGCUCAGUGAAGAGGUGGAAGUGCUCUUCUUCUGUGUCUUCUCCCUGUUAUAUGUCUUCAACCUGACAGCAAACGGCAUGAUCUUGGGACUCAUUUGGCUGGACCGCAGACUGCACACCCCCAUGUACUUCUUCCUUUCUCACCUGGCCGUCAUUGACAUAGCCUACGCUUCCAGCAAUUUGCCCAAUAUGCUGGAAAACCUCGUGAAACACAAAAAAACUAUCUCCUUUGUCUCAUGCACUCUGCAGAUGUAUUGCUUUCUGAUUUUUGCUGAUACAGAGUGCUUGAUUUUGAUGGUGAUGUCCUAUGAUAGGUUUGUGGCGAUCUGCCAUCCUCUCCAGUACACCACCAUCAUGAACUGGAGAGUGUGCACGGUCCUGGCCAUUGCUUGCUGGGCUUGUGGAUUUUCCCUGUCUCUGGUACAUCUAAUUCUCUUUCUAAGGUUACCCUUCUGUGGGCCCCAGGCAAUAAACCACUUCUUCUGUGAAAUCCUCUCUGUCCUCAAUGUGGCCUGUGGUGACACUUGGAUCGACAAAAUUUUUCUCCUUGCUGCUGGCGUGUUUAUCUUA